CGGCCGCAAUGAGACUUUGAGACCUCAUUUAUCUCACUGUCAGAAUACUGAUGAAGUUAUAGAGCUGAUUGGUGAUCAUUGUUCACUUAUUAACGUUGCUUUAUUGGAAAGUGUUGUCAAGAAAUGCAAAGUAAAAGAAGCAGAGUCAGCAAUACAGAAAUAUAAAAAUGAGAUUGAAAGCUUUCACAAAGAAGGACAACCUCUUCGGCAGUUUUUGGACCAGUACCUAGCUCCUGCCUCUCCUCUUCAGUGUGAAACAGCAACCAUUCUUGUUCAUAAAGAAGUAAAGGAUUACGAGCUAAGAGAUAUCAACGUUUUGAUGACAGUUGCCUUUGAAACAUUGGCACCAAAUGUUCAAGUACAUGUCAUUAAAAAGGGCAACUCCUUCACCAUCACUUGCUCCUUUCCUGUCCUUCUCUCUGAGUCACUUAUUGCUACUGCACUUGAUAAUAUUGACUCACUCAUUGAGAGAGGAGUAAAGAAACUAACCAUUGGAUACAGUACUGUUUAUGAUCAUGAGAAGUUCCAUGCAUUUCAACAUGAUGAAACAGCAACUUCUAAAAAUGACAUCAAGACUUAUGAAAUGAAUCAGCAGUUGUAUGCAUCAGUUUACAGCAGUCAAGGUACAACGGAGCAGUUACUAAUAUCAAGGACCAUACAACUACUGAAUAGUGAAGAGGAACUGGCUAGUAUUCAACAGCUGAAAGAGAAGAAUGAGAAACUGGAGGCUGAAAUGAAAGUAUUAUCAGGAAUGAAGUGGGAGGUAGAUCAAUUAAGAACAAGAGAAAUGGAGAAAAUUGAAAUGUUACAAGAGAAGAUUUCUGUGCAAGGUAUGGAGAUAUUAAAGAAAGAAAGCCAGCAAAAACAGCUGCAGAAGUUUUUGGAAGAAAAAGAAUUGGAAAGAAAAACUGAGCUCCAGAAAAUAGACAAAUUAUUUUACAGUUCCUUGCAAGAGAAAGACACUGAGUUACAGGAAGUCAUUCAAAUGCAGCAGGUUAAUGAUACUCAAUAUUUACAAGCAAAAAGAGUGUUAUUAGAACACUUUAUAGAGCUAUCUGUAGCAAUGGCUGUCACUCCUAACAGACUGUCUGUUGUGAAGCAGCUCUUUGAUAGUGGCCUUGUCUCUGAGACCAACUUGCAUCAAGCUACAGAAGAUGAUACUGUAUCUGGUAUUGAAAAAGGAGCUGUGCUUAUGAAAGAACUCAAAGCAUUUAUUAAUGAAAGACCUGAAUUGAUCUCUUCACUAGUUGCAGUACUUGAGGAAAAUGAAGCUUUCAAAUCAAUAGCUAAGAGGAUCGGAAAAGAUAUACCACCUACAUUAAGAAUGUACUAUGGUCAAGUACUGUAUGUAGUUAAAACACCAGGACUGGAAUGGUUGAUGAGAGUCAUUUUUGAUAGAGAUCUAAGCAGAAUUAAAACGGUAUAG